AUGAGUAAUAUUGAAGGAUCACCAGGUAGUUCUAUGCACGGUGUUACUGGUAGAGAGCCGGUUCUUGCAUUUUCAGUAGCUUCCCCAAUUGUACCAACUGAUACUUCUGCCAAUUUUAAAAUUCCUGUUGAUUCUGAACAUAAGGCUAAAGUUUUUAAAUUUUAUUCGUUUUCGAAACCUCAUGGCCUAACGUUUCAACUCUCAUGGAUUUCAUUUUUCACUUGUUUCGUUUCGACUUUUGCUGCUGCCCCUUUAGUCCCUGUUAUUAGGGACAAUCUUAAUUUAACUAAAAUGGAUGUUGGUAAUGCUGGAGUUGCCUCUGUUUCGGGUAGUAUCCUGUCUAGGCUCGCGAUGGGCGUGAUUUGUGACAUGUUAGGUCCUAGAUAUGGUUGCGCGUUUCUUAUAAUGUUAUCAGCCCCUGCUGUUUUUUGUAUGUCUUUUGUGUCAUCGGCUGGGGGUUACGUUGCUGUGAGGUUUAUGAUUGGAUUCUCACUCGCGACAUUUGUGUCAUGUCAGUAUUGGAUGAGUACGAUGUUUAAUAGUCAGAUUAUUGGACUUGUUAAUGGGACAGCUGCAGGAUGGGGGAAUAUGGGUGGCGGUGCUACUCAACUUAUUAUGCCUUUGCUCUACGAUAUAAUACGUAGAGCGGGGGCCACUCCAUUUACUGCUUGGAGAAUUGCAUUUUUUAUUCCUGGAUGGCUUCAUGUUAUUAUGGGGAUUUUGGUGUUAACUCUUGGCCAAGAUUUACCUGAUGGUAACCUUGCUUCUUUACAAAAGAAAGGUGACGUUUCUAAAGAUAAAUUCUCAAAGAUAUUAUGGUAUGCUGUAACAAAUUACAGGACAUGGAUCUUUGUCCUGCUCUACGGAUACUCCAUGGGAGUUGAAUUGACUACAGAUAACGUGAUUGCUGAGUACUUCUUCGAUAGAUUUGAUUUGAAGCUUCACACGGCUGGAAUCAUCGCUGCAACGUUUGGUAUGGCUAACCUAUUAGCGCGACCAUUUGGAGGAUGGUCAUCGGAUGUUGCAGCCAAACAUUUCGGGAUGAGAGGCAGACUAUGGAACCUAUGGAUUUUACAAACAGUUGGAGGAGUAUUCUGCUUACUUCUUGGAAGGGCUAACACACUUCCCCUGGCUAUUACUUGGAUGAUCAUAUUCUCAAUAGGUGCACAAGCAGCAUGUGGUGCAACAUUUGGUGUUAUUCCCUUCAUUUCGCGACGAUCAUUAGGUAUACUCUCGGGUAUGACUGGAGCUGGAGGCAAUUUUGGUUCGGGAUUGACACAAUUACUAUUUUUCACGAGCACAAAGUACUCGACAGGAACAGGGCUAACGUACAUGGGGAUCAUGAUCAUCGCGUGUACGCUUCCAGUAUCUUUAGUUCAUUUUCCACAAUGGGGUAGUAUGUUUUUGCCUCCAUCUAAAGACCCUGUUAAAGGUACUGAAGAACAUUAUUUCACUUCUGAGUACACUGAGGAUGAGAAGAAAAAGGGGAUGCACCAAAACAGUAUCAAGUUCGCCGAAAAUAGCCGGUCGGAGCGUGGCAAGCGUGUGGGUUCAGCAUCUACUCCGCCUAAUGUAACGCCAAAUCGCGUGUGAUGGGGAAAAAAAUUUACUCGCACUUCAUGUUUGUACAACAUAAUAACGUGUGUGAUAUAUGCCUUUUAAUUUGA